AAUGUUUAUGACUCGUUGCCGCGGUCGUCCUUUUUUGUUUGUGAUUUGGAUUGUGAUCGUUACAGGAGGGCUGCUUCUGGUUCUGAUGAGUUGUGUGGAUCUCAAAGGCAGACUUAUGGAGAGGACACAUGGCACCUGGAGUGAAGACAUCUUGGACUAUUUCCUGAGAAAACAACUUAUUGAAAGGAGAGAUGGAGUUGAAGUAACCUGGUAUCAUGCUGCGAACAGCAAAUCAAAGCUAAAAGAGGCAUUACAGAGUGAUGCUCACAUGAUCGAAGCUGAUGUCCUGCUCCGUGGAUCAGAACCAAUCAUGGCUCAUCCUCCCAUGACAGACAGCGAUCUAACUCUAAAGGAGUUUUUGGAUGAUGUUUCAUCAACCAGCAGAGGCAUUAAGCUUGAUUUCAAGAGUUUGGAAGUUGUGCAGCCAUCAAUGCAGAUCUUACAGACGCUAAGAGAUAACAUAAGGCAGCCUCUUUGGAUUAACGCAGAUAUUCUACCUGGUCCAGGAGGAAAGGCCAAACCGGUAGACGCUGAAGAAUUUUUGCACACGGUGACAACAUUUUUCCCUGAUGUGACCUUAUCUUUGGGAUGGACCACAGGAUGGAAUCACAAUGAAAAUAAUGAAGGUUAUAGCUGGGAAAUGGUGAAAGAAAUGGAAGGAAUCUGCAGGCCGUUGAGCCAACCUGUGACCUUUCCAGUGAGAGCGGCUCUUGUCCGACAGUCAUGGGCUCAGCUCCAGUGGCUGCUGCAGACAUCCGACAGGUACAGUCUGACCGUGUGGGCAGGAAAGGACGACGUUUAUCCCGUGGAAGACCUGCUGCACGUUCGGGAUCAUUCUGGGAAAUCUAGAGUAUACUAUGAUUUGUUUGAACCCCAAAAUAGUCAACUGAAAGAGGCCAUAGAACAGAAAGAAACAAAAUAGUAUUUAAUUUGUUUCCAUAAAAAUAUAAAUUGCUUCAUUUAUAUGUAAUAUCUUUUCUUCCGCACUAUGUCUACAUAUUUAAUAGAUCUGCUAGACAAGCUUGAGUC